AUGCAGUCACUUUUUGCCUGGCUGCUGCUUUUGGCGACAGCAGUAGCAGCGUCCGAUUACCACGAGCAGCUCACGCUUCGCCCCCUCCCGCUGUCCUCCCUUCUCGCCAGCUUCGACUUUCGGUCGAACACAUCCUUCUCCGACUACGAAUCACAAAACUUUCGACUCUUUCCCCGGUCACUCGCGCAGAUUCUACAGCAUGCCGGUACAAGAGAACUACAUCUAAGGUUCACCCUCGGCCGGUGGGAUGCGGAGAACUGGGGUGCACGACCCUGGGACGGGACCAAAGAAGGCGGGACAGGUGUCGAGAUGUGGGCGCUGGUCGACGCGGGUAGCGACGAGGAGGCGGACCAAAAGUGGCUGACACUGACAAACACGUUGUCUGGGCUGUUCUGCGCGAGUCUGAACUUCAUCGACGAGACGAGGACGAUUCGGCCUGUCAAGUCGUUCCAACCAGAGGGACACCACACGGAGGCUGCGUUGGCGCACUCCAGACUACUGCAUGGCGUGCUGCCGCAUGAGGUUGUCUGCACGGAGAAUUUGACGCCCUUCUUGAAGAUGCUACCAUGCAAGGGCAAGGCUGGCAUUGCCAGUCUGCUAGACGGGCACAAGCUCUUCGAUGCGUCGUUCCAGAGCAUGGCGAUUGACGUACGACCGAUCUGCGCUGAAGGGCAAGAGUGCGUAUUGGAGAUUGAGGAGACCAUAGAUAUGGUUCUGGACAUCAACCGGUCGAAGCGACCAAAAGGCAAUCCUAUCCCUCGACCUGUCAAGGCUGAUGAGCUUGUUUGCGAUCAGUCCAAGCCGUAUCACUCAGAAGAUACAUGCUUCCCUGUCGAUCACCUUGCCAGCCCCGACUGGCAACUCGACCAGGUCUUUGGUCGUCCGAUGAAAGGCACGUGCCCGCUGGCUGACGCCACCGUGCCAUCUGUAUGCAUCCAAGUGCCCGACAAGCGCCACGUCUUCACUUCCGAGGGGUCGGUUCAACAUAAGGGAGCUGAUGGCCAGUCCCGAUGUUACACAAUGGACGAGAACAACGACUUUACGCUCUUCCUCGCGAGACCAGACAACCCUGGCGAGGGUCUCGAGGUUGUCGAACCAGAGACGCCUCUGCUCUAUGCAGAGCGCAGUUUGACGGGCUAUGGGCAGGAGAAGGGUGGUGUACAGGCCAUCCUCACCAACCCAGGCAAUGAGGACGUCGAGUUUGUCUAUCUCGAGUCCCUUCCAUGGUUCAUGAGGAUUUACUUGCACACUCUCGCGACACACAUCUCGCCCAACACGACGACAGCCGUCGAUUUCUCCACUCCCUCCUCCGACAUCAUCAAAGAAAUCUACUACCGCCCGGCUCUCGACCGUGUCCGCGGCACGCAGCUCGAGUUGCUCCUCAAGAUUCCAGCCAAACACACCGUUUUCUUGACUUAUGAUGUCGAGAAGACCAUUCUCAGGUACACCGAGUAUCCCCCCGACGCCAACAGAGGUUUCGAUGUAGCAGCUUCUGUCAUCACGACCCUGUCCCCCCGGGUGAUGAACCUGCGCACGACCAGCUUGCUGCUCUACCUCCCUACACCGGACUUUAGCAUGCCAUACAACGUCAUCAUCUUCACAUCGACUGCCAUAGCGUUGGCAUUUGGCGGUCUGUACAACAUCAUUGUCAGGAGGUUUGUGGGCGCAGACGAGGGCGAGCAAUCGCCACUCAAAGCCAAGCUUGCUAAGCUCAAGGAGAUGAUCGCAGCAAAACUUGGCAAAAAGUCCGCAGCGCCGGAGGAGAAGACAGCCGUCGAGGCGCUAUAA